CAACAAUCAGGUGAUUGUAUGGGUGCAGCGAUCUAUAAAUUUGAUCAAAAAGCAUUACUAGCAAUCAUUUUAUUACCUUCAGAAUCAAAAAAGAUUGAUCCCAAAUCCCAAUGCAAGAAAGUAAUAAAAGCAUCCGGUAAUAAUGAAUUAAUUAAAUAUAAUGAUGCUAAGAAAUGUAUUGAGAGCUUUCCUUUUGAUGAUAAACUCGCUAAAGAUACGAUUGAUGCUGUGUCGCACUUCAUGUCAGCUUAUUAUGUUUUCCUUGAUCAGGCCAAUGAAGAACCACCAAAGGGAUUUACUUAUCAACCUGUAGACAUAAUAAAUGAAUUAAAGUUGUUACGUGAAAAAACUUUUAAAUCAGAUUACGACUUUAUGACAGCUUUAAGAAAUACUAUUUUCAAAUUAAAAGAUGGCCAUACAAAAUUUAUUAAUAAUUGCUAUCAGCGUUUUGUUUAUGAUCAAAACUUAACUUUAUACUCUGUAGUUACGACGGAUGAAGAAAAUAAGAAAAAACAGGUUUUCGAUGAUGGAUCAGAUCCAUCAAAUAAUGAUUGUGAAGUUACCGAAAUUGAUGGAAAACCUGCAUUACAAGCAAUAAUUGAAUUUGCAACUAAUAGUAUUUCACAUUCGAAAGAUCUGGGAGUCCGAUUCAACAUGGCUUUGGCUCCUAGUACAGAUUUUUUUUCACAACAAUUUACUUUGCGAGAAGAUUUUCCUGAAACUCCUA